CCCGCACCCACCUCCCUGCCCCAGGCACACUGCAGCUCGGCGCGGACUCUCCAGUCGCGGCGAGGUAGCUGCAAACACACGGGCACGCACGGCGCUUGCAGAGCCGAGGGACUCGGGGGAGGGGACGGGCGCAAAGGCGCUGGCAGCUACCCGCCGAGGUUGAAGACACCCGGGGCCCAGAGCUGGGCAGAGCCUUGGCGGCCGCGGCUUCCCUUUUCUCUCUCAGCUGAGCUCGGGAGAGACUCGGGGACUGGCCCUAAAAAAAGAGCAGGAAAUCUUGUUUACCGCCCGGGGAGAGGAGCCCAUCGAGCCUUUGUUUGGAAAGUCAGCAUCGCCGGCUCCGGUGGCAAUGUGUUCCUGGUGACAUUAGCCCAGGGUGGACAGGUCGGAGGAAAGGGGGGGCAGCUCGCCAGGUUCAGCUCUGCUUUCGGAGGAGGAUCGAGAGGGUGACUUUUGUGCAUUUGUUUGAAUUUGUGGAAAUCUCUUUGCCACCCACUUUCUUGCCUAUCUCGCGCGCCGCCGGGCAUGUCCUGAUCUGGUGGCCGCGCCUACCAGCCAGGAGCUGCUGAUUCGAGCUGUCUUCUGCGGGUCUCCCUCCCUCAGUCCCUGACUUUGCAAUACCCGGAGGGCUGAUCUCUGCGAGGAAGGAGGCAGGGGAGUCUCAGACGCCGGGACCCGAAGCUUGACAUGCUCCAGGGCGGUCCGGAGGCAGCCAGGAGCUGAGCGCACCGCCAGGACUGCUUCGUUUGCCGGCUCCCAGCGCCUUUGCCCUCCGCUGGGCGACAGCCUUGCUCAUCUGCUGGGACGCCCCCUUCUUUCCUGGGGUCCGCGGCCGGCAGGACCAUGCUGCUGAAGGAGUACCGAAUCUGUAUGCCGCUCACCGUGGACGAGUACAAGAUCGGACAGCUGUAUAUGAUCAGCAAACACAGCCAUGAGCAGAGUGACCGGGGAGAAGGGGUAGAGGUCGUGCAGAAUGAGCCCUUUGAGGACCCUCACCAUGGCAACGGGCAGUUCACCGAGAAGCGGGUCUAUCUCAACAGCAAACUGCCUAGUUGGGCUAGAGCUGUCGUUCCCAAAAUAUUUUAUGUGACCGAGAAGGCAUGGAAUUAUUACCCAUACACGAUCACAGAAUACACAUGUUCCUUUCUGCCGAAAUUCUCCAUCCACAUAGAAACCAAGUACGAAGACAACAAAGGAAGCAACGAUAGCAUUUUUGACAAUGAAGCCAAAGAGCUGGAGAGAGAAGUGUGCUUUAUCGACAUUGCCUGUGAUGAGAUUCCAGAGCGCUACUACAAAGAAUCCGAGGAUCCUAAACAUUUCAAGUCUGAGAAGACAGGCCGAGGGCAGCUCAGAGAAGGCUGGCGAGAUAACCAUCAGCCCAUCAUGUGCUCGUACAAGCUGGUGACCGUCAAGUUUGAGGUGUGGGGCUUUCAGACACGAGUGGAACAGUUUGUGCACAAGGUGGUCCGAGACAUCUUGCUGAUUGGACACAGACAGGCCUUCGCGUGGGUUGAUGAGUGGUACGACAUGACAAUGGAUGAAGUGCGGGAAUUCGAAAGAGCCACUCAGGAAGCCACCAACAAGAAAAUCGGCGUUUUCCCACCCGCCAUUUCGAUCUCCAGUAUCGCCCUGCUGCCACCUUCGGUGCGCAGCGCCCCCUCCAGCGCCCCCUCCACCCCUCUCUCCACAGAUGCCCCAGAAUUUCUGUCCAUUCCCAAAGACCGGCCCCGGAAAAAAUCUGCCCCAGAGACGCUCACACUUCCGGAUCCAGAGAAAAAAGCCACCCUGAAUUUACCUGGCGUCCACUCCUCUGAAAAGCCAUGUCGGCCCAAAUCAGAGUAACUUCACGUGAACCUCCUAUUGGGUCUUAUAUUUUCAUUUGAGGCUUUUUUUUUUUUUUUUUAAUUUUAAGAAUCCUCUGAUAGAGGAAAAGACUGCCUCUUUAUUCAGAUGUGUUCCUUGAUCUCGGAUUGUGCAUGUGGUUUAAAUAAUUUACAAGAUAGCAAGAAUCCCUACGCGUGCCACACAGCAUCAUAGUGAAUGUGAGACAGAAGUCUUAGACUGAAACAGCAGAGGCUGAGGACGGAGC